AUGACUCAGAAGAUACCGCCCUGGAAGGCGCACUGGCCUGAGCCAGUGAAUGAAUUGAAGGUCGAUGAUACUCUAACGGACCAAACGUCUGCUCGCGAUCCUGCCAUUCGCAAUCCGACCGCUUCGGGAACGAUGCUAUACGACAACAAUAUGGGCGACUCGGUCAAGAAGCCACUGGUCAAGCAACGUGCUAGCGAGGUCACGACAAAGUCAGCUAGCCAAUCUUAA